UCUCGGGCGCCCUCCGGCCGGGAUGCCAGUGCCCGGCGCCCGGCGCGCCUUCGCCCGCAGCCUGCCCGCGCGCGGCCUUUAUACAGAGCGGGCGGGACGCUCACUAAUGUUUAACUCCGGGCAGAAACUUGGGAGCGCCCAGUGACUCCGCGGCCCGGAGCGGCGGAGCUGGACGCGCGUCCCUGCGGUUCGCCUGACUUCUGCCUGCGCUCCUGCUCCCGGCGCUCAGUUCCGGGCACACGCCGACGAUGAAGACGCCGUGGAAGGUGCUCCUGGGACUGCUGGGGCUUGCUGCGCUUGUCACCGUCAUCACCGUGCCCGUGGUUCUGCUGAACAAAGGCAGUAAGUUUGAAACAUUUGCAAAUGAUGAUGCUGCAGCUGACAGUCGCAGAACUUACACUCUAACUGAUUAUUUAAAAAAUACUUUUAGGAUGAAAUUCUAUUCCUUGCGUUGGAUUUCAGAUCAGGAGUACCUCUACAAACAAGAAAAUAAUAUCUUGCUAUUCAAUGCUGAAUACGGAAACAGCUCCAUUUUCUUGGAAAACAGUACAUUUGAGGAAUUUGAACAUACUAUAAAUGAUUAUUCGGUAUCUCCUGAUGGACAGUUUAUUCUCUUAGAGUAUAACUAUGUGAAGCAAUGGAGGCAUUCUUACACGGCUUCAUAUGACAUCUAUGACUUAGCUAAAAGGAGGCUGAUUACAGAAGAUAAAAUUCCAGACAAGACACAGUGGAUCACAUGGUCACCAGAGGGUCAUAAAUUGGCAUACGUUUGGAACAAUGAUAUUUAUGUUAAAAAUGAACCAAAUUCAACAAGUCAGAGGAUCACAUGGACCGGAGAAGAAAAUGUAAUAUCCAAUGGAAUAACUGACUGGGUUUAUGAAGAGGAAAUCUUCAGUGCCUACUCUGCUCUGUGGUGGUCUCCAAAAGGCACUUUUUUAGCAUAUGCCCAAUUUAACGACACAGAAGUCCCACUUAUUGAAUACUCCUUCUACUCUGACGAGUCGCUGCAGUACCCAAAGACCGUGCGGAUUCCAUAUCCGAAGGCAGGAGCUGUAAAUCCAACCGUAAAGCUCUUUGUUGUAAAAACCGACAAUCUCAACCCAAACACCAAUGCAACUUCAGUAGAAAUCACUCCUCCUGAUGCUAUUUCAACAGGGGAUUACUACUUGUGUGACGUGACAUGGGUAAAUGAAGAAAGGAUUUCUUUGCAGUGGCUCCGAAGGAUUCAGAACUAUUCAGUCAUGGAUAUUUGUGACUAUAAUAAUGCCACCAACAGUUGGAGAAAACCAGAGGCACAAGAACACACUGAAAUGAGUACCACUGGCUGGGUUGGAAGAUUCAGGCCUUCAGAACCUCAUUUUACCUCUGAUGGGAAGAGCUUCUACAAGAUCAUCAGCAACCAAGAUGGCUACAAACACAUUUGCCUAUUCCAAAUAGAUAAGCAAGAUUGCACAUUCAUUACAAAAGGAGCUUGGGAAGUCAUCGGAAUAGAAGCUCUCACCAGUGAUUACCUAUACUACAUCAGUAAUGAAUAUAAAAGAAGGCCAGGAGGAAGAAAUCUUUAUAAAAUCCAACUGAGCAACUACACAAAGGUGACAUGCCUGAGUUGUGAGCUAAAUCCAGAAAGGUGUCAGUACUAUUCUGUAUCAUUUAGCAAAGAGGCAAAGUACUAUCAGCUGAGGUGUUCAGGCCCUGGUCUGCCCCUCUAUACUCUGCAUAGGAGCAGUGACGAUAAAGAAUUGAGAAUCCUGGAAGACAAUUCAGCUUUGGAUAAAAUGCUGCAGGAUGUCCAGAUGCCCUCAAAAAAACUGGAUUUCAUUAUUUUGAAUGAAACAAAAUUCUGGUAUCAGAUGAUCUUGCCUCCUCAUUUUGAUACAUCCAAGAAAUAUCCUCUACUAAUAGAUGUAUAUGCAGGCCCGUGUAGUCAAAAAGCAGACGCUAUCUUCAGACUCAACUGGGCUACUUACCUUGCAAGCACAGAAAACAUUAUCGUAGCUAGUUUUGAUGGCAGAGGAAGUGGUUACCAAGGAGAUAAGAUCAUGCACGCAGUCAACAGAAGACUGGGAACAUUUGAAGUUGAAGAUCAAAUUGAAGCAGCCAGACAAUUUUCAAAAAUGGGAUUUGUGGAUGACAAGCGGAUUGCAAUUUGGGGCUGGUCAUAUGGAGGGUACGUAACCUCCAUGGUCCUGGGAGCCGGCAGUGGCGUGUUCAAGUGUGGAAUAGCCGUGGCACCCGUCUCACGGUGGGAGUACUAUGACUCAGUGUAUACAGAACGUUACAUGGGUCUCCCAACUCCCGAGGACAAUCUUGACUAUUACAGGAAUUCAACAGUCAUGAGCAGAGCUGAAAAUUUUAAACAAGUUGAGUACCUCCUUAUUCAUGGAACAGCAGAUGAUAACGUUCACUUUCAGCAGUCAGCUCAGAUCUCCAAAGCCCUGGUGGAUGCAGGAGUGGAUUUCCAAGCAAUGUGGUAUACAGAUGAAGACCACGGAAUUGCUAGCAGCACAGCCCACCAGCAUAUAUACACCCACAUGAGUCACUUCAUAAAACAAUGCUUCUCUUUACCUUAGCACCCUGGAAUAGCAUGCCUGACCUAUUGAAAACCAUUUUUGUUCUGUCUGAAAACUGCACUGUUAAGAUGAUGAUCUUUAAAAAAAAAAAAAA